CACAUCGCCAGUACACCAGCUAGCUUCUCGUACCUUGAGCAACGCAAGGCCGGCCAUGGACUCGGAGUCGUCCACGUCGCCCUACUCGCCCCCGUCCCUGCGCCACAAGCUGCGGACCACCGUGUGCGGCUGCUUCGGCUCGCCGGACAGCGACGGGGAGAGGCCGCAGAGCGGCAGCGGCAGGGCCAAGUGGAGGAGGAGGGUCGCCGCCACGGGCGAGUUCAGGUACGACCCGCUCAGCUACGCGCUCAACUUCGACGACGGCGGCAGCGACGACAGCGACGAGGCCGCGGAUGCCGCGUUCCGGUACCGGAACUUCAGCUCCCGUCUGCCGAGCUCGCCGAAGCCGGCAGCGGCCCGGAGGCUCACCGCCGUCCCCAUCGCAUGAACUGGAUCGCAGUGACCCUGUUUCUUUUUUUGCUGUAACUUCCUUGUCUAAGCGAGAUUGAAGCCCUUACUUACGGAUGUAACUCUAAGCAAAUUCAUUUACGAGCAAUUUAUAUAGCGGGAGGAGUAUAGCAGUAGCAAACCGAACGUGUAAUCGACCACUAAUAUACAGUGAACUGAGGACUUGAUUGUCACAGAAAUUUGUCUCUGC